UUCAUCGUCUGUUCUUCAUUCAUUCUCUUCAGAAUCCCAACUCGCCGUUUCUACUACAGUUCCUCCAUAGAACUCUGCAUCUAUUCCUUCCAUUGACUGCAUUUCUUCCUCUCAAAAUCAACUUGCAUCUUCCUCCAGUCAUCCGAUGCUCACAAGAUCAAAAACAAAUAUUUUCUGUCCUCUACGCCGAAAUGAUGGUACCAUUUCUUGGCCUUCUUGCAAACCGACCAUGUCUCUCACCACCUCCUCUGUUUCUACUUCUCCCCUCAUUCCUGAAGAACCCACUUCAUUUAUAGAGGUCUCUAAAUUUGUUGAGUGGCACACUGCUAUGGCAACUGAGAUCGAUGCCCUUCUCAGCAAUAAAACUUGGGAUCUUGUCCCGUUUUCUCCCUCAUAUAACCUUCUUGGCUCCAAAUGGGUUCUGAAAACUAAACGAAAAUCUGAUGGAUCACUUGAGUGUUGCAAGCUUCGAUCCAGCCUCGCCAUUGUUCCAGUGAUGCAUGGAUCACGGGGGAUAUUGAGACUAUUAUACCCUCUGCCUCACCGCAAUACCACUCACAACAAGCUUCUAGAAUAGAUGUGGAUAUUCAAGAAGAAUUAAUCUAUAAAUAGAAAUAAUGAUGUGGCACAAUUCUGUUAUGAUUUACUUUCUAUAUAUACUCUGCACUGUGCAAUGUAAAAGGCAAGAAAGGUAGUGGCUAGUCAUACGUACUCUGUUAUUCAAUUCAAUAGAAACUUUUCAUCAAACAUGUCUUGUGCUUUUUAGCUUCUUCAACAGACCCCAAGCCUUACGUUGCCAUGUC